GUCUCGUCGUUGGCGUACCGCGCACCGCGCACCGACCGAGCGACCCGACCCGCGCCGACCCGACCCGAACGAUCAGUCUGUUUGCCGGUGCUAGCAUAAGCGCAGGGGCCGCAGGAAUCACAUGCUAAGAGGGGGGGCCUCUGUAUAUUACACCAAGAGGUGGUAUUUCAGUUAACUUUUUGAGCUUACAAUUGACCAUGUCUGACGAAGCUGUAACUGAAGUGAGGAAGCGAGGCCGUCAGGCUGCAGCGGAUAAAUCUGAGGAGGCUCCCGCCAAGAAGGGUCGUGCCUCUGCCUCACCCUCCAAGAGUGAUGCACCUGCCAAGCGUGGACGUGGAAGGCCCAAGGGAUCGGGAAAGAAAGCCAAGGCUGCCAAGGCUAAAGUGACUAAGCCAGCAGCUGGAACUGGGCGUGGACGUGGUCGCCCAAAGAAGGAGGAGAAGAAGGUUGAAUCAGCUGAAGAAGAGGAUGAAGAGGAGGAAGCUGAUGACAACUAGAAUGUCAUGAAAAAACAUGCAGGUUUUUGCUGUUUCAUUGGACACUGCCAGAAAGAGAUCUCCCUAUUAGCAGCUGCUCUUCUAAUUGGCAGUUUUGUUUGUCUUGGCCAACUGUCUUACCUUAUGUUUUAGACUGCACAAAUGUGAUUAUAUGGUUUGUUUUAUGACACUUUUAGAAGGGUUCUUUAAUUAAAUACCCCAGAAUGUAGCCAUAUAUGUGUAACUAACUGUUUUGAAUGAUGUGAAGUCUCAUGUGUGUUGAUUGAAGCUGCAAAUUAUCCUUUUAAUACUGGUAUUCUGUUUAUAAUUUUGUUUCCCUAUGGAUUUUAUAUUGUAGACUUACGAUCAUUUAAGGAAAUUAGAAACUCAAAGGGGGUUACUUUUUGGGUCGUGUUAUUAUUUUUUAUUUGUCUUACAAUUUUUGCAAUUAACACUAGUAUUGUUGUUUUCAAGUGGCCAAAGCAAUCUAUACAGAGAUUUUGAAAUACUUAAAUUAGAAGAACCUGAUGUGGAAUUUUCUUUCAUCUUCAUUCAUGCCUAUCAUCUCAUUGUGUUCCUGAAAUUCAUCUUGAUUAAAGUCUCAUUUUUCAUUGCAGUCAUCCAAAAUGUAUCUCAUUUUAUCUUAUAAAUGUCAGUUGGAAAAUAA